AUGCCAGUACGAGUAUUAGCUCUCUGCGGAUUUACUCAAAACUCAUAUAUCUAUUCAAAGCAGCUCGGAGCAAUCCGUAAAACUUGUAAAGAUGUUGAAUUUGUAUUUUUGGAACCUCCUGUGGUAGUGGAAAAAGCGGAUUUACCAUGGUCAUCGAACCUUGAUCAAUUCGGUUCAAACGCAACGACAGAUGAGGCUGCUCAAACUCCCGAAACUACACCUAGAGCAUGGUGGACAACGGUCAAUGAACAAAAGACAUACAAAAAGUUCGACGAAACUGUAGCGUACUUGCAUGAUUUCUUGUUGAAAAAUGAACCUUUCGAUGGUAUUAUGGGAUUCUCACAGGGUGCAGGUAUGGCUGCUAUACUAUCAGCAUUGCUGGAGAAACCAAAUCUUCAUCCUAAUUUCCCUUCCGAACCAGCCCUUCAGAAAUUUAAAUUCGCUAUCUUCGUUGGAGGUUUUUUGCCUAAAGCAGAAUCACACGACUUUACUCCAUAUUUCCCAUUACCAGCUUCUUUACCUACAUUGCAUGUUUGCGGGAGGAACGAUACCCUGAUAACUACCGAGAGGAGUCAAACGCUAGUAGAUAAGUGUGAGAAUUCAAGAGUGGAGAUACACGAAGGCGGACAUUAUACACCUUCGAAAGCAUCAUGGCGUCAUUUCUUCAAUGCGUAUAUAAACUCUUUCGGGCCGGAUGGAUCUAAUGGUGAUGUGCCACCUGUAAACUCCUUUGGACCUUCUGGAGCCAACACACCUGUCAACGCAAAAGGUGGAGAAGGAACUCCCAGAGCAGGUACUCCAUCAAUUUAG